CGGAGCCAAAACGAAAGAGUCGUGUGCAAACAAUGUAGCAGUUUCCUGAAAAGCCCUCAACAGCCUGAUCUCACUUUGAUUUCAACAUGAAGCCCUUCAAGCACCUGCUGUUGUUGUGGUUUUUAUCGCCAUAUGUCACAGAUUGUUCUGCGGAUGAAGAUGGCUACUUCAUGUAUGCUGACUUCUGGUGUUCUAUGCACUCCAGAAAGAAGGAACAAGUGGAGUAUUUGGUCGACUGGUAUUUUAACAAAGAGUUCACAAUGAAUUACAACAGCACAGUCGGGAAGUGGACGGGCUUAACUCCAGCUGGAGGGAUUACAGCGUCAGCACACAAUAACAACAAGCACGACCUUCUACAGAGGAAAGUGGAGAGACAGCUGAUAUGUGUCGACAAUGUUGAGUUAAUAUAUAACGUGACUGAAGAAUACACGGCCGAGCCCAGCAUCACUCUGCAGGAGGUGGACGACACCUCUGGUCACGUCGCCAUGCUGGUGUGCAGCGCUUACGACUUCUACCCCAAAUACAUCAAAGUGAUGUGGCGCCGUGAUGGACAGGAAGUGACUGAGGGCGUGACCGUGAGUGAGGUGAUGACGAACGGAGACUGGACCUAUCAGGUUCACUCCUACCUGGAAUACACACCUGGCCGACGGGACCAGAUCAGCUGCAUGGUGGAGCACGCCACCCUCAGCGAGCCCAAGAUCCUUCACUGGGACUCGUCCUUGGAUCGGUCUACAAAGAGCUUUCUUGCUGGUGGAGUCUGUGCUUUGCUUUUGGGAGCCAUAUUUCUGUCUUUUGGACUGACUUCCUACUGGAGGAAAAGCCAACAACUUUCAAAUGUCCUGUAACCUUAUAAAUCAUCUCUAAAGACAGUCAAUUAUCCGGGUGUUUUUAAUCAGGAAUUUUUCUCUCCUAUUUUUCAAGAUGAUUGUUGUUAAGAGGAACUUUUUGUGGUGCAGGGCUUUUAAUGCAGGAAAGUGGGUGACAAUAGUAUCAAAAACCCAAAAAGGACAAAACACUAGUGUUAAGUUCAUGUGUCUGAUGAUCAAGUAAGUAAAUGAUGACUUUUAAAAAGUUUUUAAUGAAUCUUUAUUAAGCUGAAUUACGUAUUUGUUUGCGUAUUCAAUAUAUGUUGACAGUUAUUAUGACACAGUCGAACACUGAUAUUAUGUACAUUUGAUUAGUCAUAAUCUUUAGCUGUCUAUAGUAAACUGUCUGACUUCAAAAUGUGUAUGAUUUGCAAUUUUGAAUUAAUAUUACUAAAAAAAAACUAAAAAUUUAUAUAAAUAGAUGAUGUUCUCUGUAAAAACAAAAAAAAAAAACCUAGAACUCACUUGACUUCUGUCCCCCCAUGUCUCACUCACAGCCCCAUUUUUUGUUUUUUUUUGUUUGGAAAUAGCGUUAUCAUCUGUUAACUUGUUUAUGUGGUUCGACUCUUUUUUCUUUCCUAUCAUAUGUUUGUGUUAUUAUUCUCUUUCCCUUCUCAUUCUGUACAUCUUCAUUUAAAAUCUCAACGGAAAGUGUGAAUGUGAAUAUAUAGGCAAUUAUCUGUAGUAUUUGCCAAGAUGGAGUAAAGUUGUUAUUUUUUUGCUUGUUUUCUUUAAAUAAAGUGCCACUUUCUUGUUAAUAAGAUUCUAAUAUCAGUCUCCCUCCUUCUUCUCUCCCUCUGUUAGAGAUAAUAUGAAUAUUAUCAUUUUGAGGUGGGUGAAAUGUAUUAAAGUUUUCAAUUACAGGGACAUUUGUGCAUCGUGGUUUAUUUUAAAACACUUUAGAUGAUCUUGUAGGUGAACAUUGCUGGUGAAGGAUGCAUUAAAUAUGUUUAAACUAUCUGUACUUGUUUUCAAUUCAAAUGACUUUAAUGAAUAAAAAAUGUUUCUUUAAUAAAAUGAA